UUUGCUCCUUUUUUGUCGUCAUUACAUCUUCCCCAUUUCUUCCCCCCUUUAUUCAUGGUUCACUUUUUUGUGACACCCCCACACCCAUAAGUUUUGCUGUUCAACCCUUCGACCACAAUGCAAUAGCUUGCUUCCCAGACUCGAUGCCUUCCCUGUGGUCAAUCCUGUGUGGUCCAACAACAUUUUGUCUCAUUGUUUUUGUUUCCAAAUGUCCGCGUGGGCUCAUAGUUUGAUUUUCAGUAUUUUGGUUUGGGAGAGUGUCACUGUUGUGAUGUGCAAACAGAAGGUGUGUGAAGUGGGGUUACCAUGAUUUUCAGCGGGAGAGGUGGUUGGGUGUUACCCUAACAAACGUGGGUCGCAGAUGGGUUGUGUGUGAGUCGAAGGGUUAACAUCCCAUGUGAUUUAUGACGGGAAGGGGCAGCGUCCUCCUGUUACAGUGUGUGAGGGUUAGCUAUGGUCCAGCAGACCUGCCAGUGCACUGAGCACAGCAGAUAAAGAUCUCAGAGGCUCUGGUGUAGUCAAACCACAGGUAUGAGGGGAGAAAACAGGAAUGUAUAAGGACAUGAAACUCAGACGUUAGGUCUUCCUAAUUUCUUUUUAUCUGAACUCUAAUUUAAACAUCAUGUAGCUGCUGGUUUGUCAAACUGCAAAUGAAUUUAGGCCUCAGCACAGAAAAACUGCAUGACAAGUUAGUUAUCUUAUUUUCAAUAAACCAGCGUCCUGACAGAGCUGGAAAUCAUCAUUUCUAUCUUCAGACUGAGCAUUUUUAGCUUAUGUGACUUUCUAUAGUAUUAACCCUCUGAAGGCCAACCAGCCUCUGGGUGUUUUUUGCUCCCGUCUCAUUUUUCUCACUGUGGCUAAUUUUUUUCUGCAGUAUCAAGUCCUGCAGCUCUGUGGGAAAUAGAGAGAAAUUAAAGAUGUGCUCUGUGUGGUAUGACGCCGUUACGAUGCCAUAAAUCUUAAAAAAGAAAAAGUUGAUUUUCUUUAAUUAUUUGUGGCAAAAAAAAAUAGAAAAAGCCUGAAAUCAACUUGGAAAAUGGUUUUCCAAAUGCCCACGUGUAAUCGAUGCUGGAAUAAAUAGAAGCUCUACAUACGUGCAAACAGUUUAUUUACAGUAGAUUAUAAACUGGAGACAUGUAAAACAAAGUGAUUUUGAUUAAAUGUCACGAUUUUAAGCUUAGAGUUGGUUAAUUUCCCAGUGAUUUCUUUUCUGUUUUUGACAGCACGUCUUUUAAAACUUCUGGCCAGUUUUGGGUUUCAGAGGGUUAAACUGUACCUGAAAAUAAACCACAAACACUGACUAAGAGCCAGCUAGUUUAUCUUUAUUUCCGUAUUUAUUGCAUCGUCACUUCCCUUGAACAUAUGAGCCUACGUGGCCGAGUGUCUGAGCUUUGGUGUAGGUAGGGCUCAUGUGAAGCCUGCAUGUAGAGAGAGCUCUUUGUACAAAGUUGUUGUGUAAAUAUAUUUUUAUUUUACAACUCUCUCUGUAAAAUAGAAAUAUGUUAUCAAGAAAAUUGUGUACCGCAAUACCACAGGCCCAUACUAACUGUCCUUAAUUUCUCUCCUACAGCAGUACUGCUUUGCCAGUCCUGUACUGCACUCUGUUAAGGGUGCAGCAACUCGUCCUGUGUAGGUUAUGGGAACACAGAGAUCUUGUCAGUUUGGUCAGGGAACACUGGCUGCUUGUUUGGGGGCUUUGAGGGGAUCAGAUGCAGCUACAACAACCCCCAAGAGCCUCUUUUUAUUUGGCUUUUAAGUUCCAACAAGUUAAGAUGAAAUUUCCCACGAUGGAAAAACCACAGCCCAAAUACCUGCUACGUAGCCUUACCUUUAUCCUGAAAAGGAAGUCAAGAUCUAAAUGUAAAUAAUGAGCAGUGCUCUGGAUUUUUCCACUAUAUUUGGGCUUUAGUUACCAGUAAUUUCCUUAUAUUUUUAUUUAAAUGCAUAAGUAAAUACUCAUUUUUGAUUUUACUGUGUGUAGCCUCCAAAUCUUGACUUCAUUUCUUUGCUAGUGUAAGUAAUUGGGAAUCUGGACCACAGAGUCCAUGACUUAUUCUCUAGUUUUGUGGUUAAGCCCCAAGAAGAUGCUUUGUUCUUUGAGUGCCGUAAAUCAAUGCAACACAGGUGGUAUGCUGUUGUGUGUGAGUUCAAACCCUUUUCCAAAGUGUUACUAAUGGUAAAGAGAAAUUUUCUAGGCUUCUUUUCUGCCGGUUGAAGUCUGACUGCAGAAGGACCCUUGGCACUGAAAGUGGGGCAAAACGCCGGACCCCAAGCUGCAGGUCAGGUCGUACGUGGACGUCAUGUUGGAGCAGAACCUGUCCAAAGAGGAGAGAGAGAUCCGUCAGCAGCUGGCUGAGAAGGCCAAGUCGGGGGACCUGAAAGCUGUGAAUGGGUCCGCUGCCACACAAGCUGUCGCCAAACGUAAACGUCGCUGGGACCAGACAGCUGACCAAACCCCCUCCAACGCUACGCCCAAAAAGAUGUCCAGCUGGGACCAAGCUGACGCCUCUUCUGAGACCCCAGGACACACCCCUGCACACACACCUUCUAACAGCCGAUGGGACGAAACCCCCGGCCGCCCCAAAGGCAGCGAGACCCCCGGGGCCACACCCAGCAGCCGCAUGUGGGACCCCACCCCCAGCCACACACCUGCAGGGGCCGCCACACCUGGCAGGGACACACCCGGCCACGCCACGCCGGGUCACGGUGGAGCCACAGGGAGCGUUCGCAAGAACCGCUGGGACGAAACCCCGAAGACAGAGAGGGAGACCCCCGGACACGGCAGCGGCUGGGCCGAGACCCCCCGAACAGAUCGAGGAGACGAGUCGGUCGGCGAGACGCCAACUCCAGGAGCCAGCAAGAGGAAGUCUCGCUGGGAUGAAACUCCUGCCAGUCAGAUGGGAUCCUCAACGCCACUACUGACCCCCGGAAAGACCCCCAUCGGGACCCCAGCUAUGAACAUGGCAACGCCCACCCCAGGACACCUGAUGAGCAUGACUCCAGAGCAGCUGCAGGCCUGGAGAUGGGAGCGAGAGAUCGAUGAGAGGAACCGGCCUCUGACAGACGAGGAGCUGGACGCCAUGUUCCCUGAGGGCUACAAGGUCCUGCCUCCUCCAGCCGGAUACGUACCGAUCCGUACUCCGGCCCGGAAGCUGUCGGCCACGCCCACGCCUAUCGGCGGCAUGACGGGCUUCCACAUGCAGGCAGAAGACCGAACUACGAAGCAGAUGAACGACCAGCCGUCAGGAAACCUGCCCUUCCUCAAACCUGACGACAUCCAGUACUUUGACAAGCUGCUGGUGGAGGUGGAUGAGUCCACGCUGAGCCCUGAGGAGCAGAAGGAAAGGAAGAUCAUGAAGCUGCUGCUGAAGAUCAAGAAUGGGACUCCGCCCAUGAGGAAGGCUGCUCUGCGUCAGAUCACCGAUAAGGCUCGUGAAUUCGGAGCAGGUCCGCUGUUCAACCAGAUCCUGCCGCUGCUCAUGUCGCCCACACUGGAGGACCAGGAGCGCCACCUGCUGGUCAAAGUCAUCGACCGCAUCCUCUACAAACUGGACGACCUGGUCCGACCGUACGUGCACAAGAUCCUGGUGGUGAUCGAGCCGCUGCUGAUCGAUGAGGAUUACUACGCCAGAGUGGAAGGCAGAGAGAUCAUCUCCAACUUGGCAAAGGCUGCUGGUUUGGCCACCAUGAUCUCCACGAUGCGUCCCGACAUUGACAACAUGGACGAGUACGUCAGAAACACGACGGCCCGAGCCUUCGCCGUGGUGGCCUCGGCCCUCGGCAUCCCGUCGCUGCUGCCCUUCCUCAAAGCUGUGUGCAAGAGUAAGAAGUCCUGGCAGGCGCGACACACUGGCAUCAAGAUCGUGCAGCAGAUCGCCAUCCUGAUGGGCUGCGCCAUCCUGCCUCACCUGCGCAGCUUAGUGGAGAUCAUCGAACACGGUCUGGUGGACGAGCAGCAGAAGGUCAGGACCAUCAGCGCUCUGGCUAUCGCUGCCCUGGCCGAAGCUGCCACGCCGUACGGUAUCGAGUCCUUUGAUUCUGUCCUGAAGCCGCUGUGGAAAGGCAUCCGGCAGCACAGAGGAAAGGGUCUGGCUGCUUUCCUCAAAGCCAUCGGCUAUCUGAUCCCGCUGAUGGACGCUGAGUACGCCAACUACUACACCAGAGAGGUGAUGCUGAUUCUCAUCAGAGAGUUCCAGUCUCCUGACGAGGAGAUGAAGAAGAUCGUGCUGAAGGUGGUGAAACAGUGCUGUGGCACCGACGGUGUGGAAGCAAACUACAUCAAGACUGAGAUCCUGCCGCCGUUCUUCAAGCACUUCUGGCAGCACAGGAUGGCUCUGGACAGACGCAACUACAGACAGCUGGUGGACACCACGGUGGAGCUGGCCAACAAAGUGGGAGCAGCGGAGAUCAUUUCUCGCAUCGUGGACGACCUGAAGGACGAGGCGGAGCAGUACAGGAAGAUGGUGAUGGAGACCAUCGAGAAGAUCAUGGGCAACCUGGGCGCCGCCGACAUCGACCACAAGCUGGAGGAGCAGCUGAUCGACGGGAUCCUGUACGCCUUCCAGGAGCAGACCACUGAGGACUCGGUGAUGCUGAACGGGUUCGGUACCGUGGUGAACGCCCUCGGGAAGCGAGUGAAGCCCUACCUGCCUCAGAUCUGCGGUACGGUUCUGUGGCGUCUCAACAACAAGUCGGCUAAAGUCCGUCAGCAGGCCGCCGACCUGAUCUCCAGAACCGCCGUGGUGAUGAAGACCUGCCAGGAGGAGAAGCUGAUGGGUCACCUGGGUGUGGUUCUGUACGAGUACCUGGGAGAGGAGUACCCCGAGGUUCUGGGCAGCAUCCUGGGAGCCCUGAAGGCCAUCGUCAACGUCAUCGGUAUGCACAAGAUGACUCCACCAAUCAAGGACCUGCUUCCCCGUCUGACGCCCAUCCUGAAAAACCGACACGAGAAGGUUCAGGAGAACUGCAUCGACCUGGUGGGAAGGAUCGCCGACAGGGGAGCGGAGUACGUGUCGGCCAGGGAGUGGAUGAGGAUUUGUUUUGAGCUGCUGGAGCUGCUCAAAGCUCACAAAAAGGCGAUUCGCAGAGCCACCGUCAACACGUUCGGCUACAUCGCCAAGGCCAUCGGGCCUCACGACGUCUUGGCGACUCUGCUCAACAAUCUGAAGGUUCAGGAGCGUCAGAACCGGGUCUGUACCACCGUGGCCAUCGCCAUCGUGGCCGAGACCUGCUCGCCGUUCACGGUGCUGCCGGCGCUCAUGAACGAGUACCGAGUCCCUGAACUCAACGUGCAGAACGGCGUCCUCAAGUCGCUGUCCUUCCUGUUCGAGUACAUCGGAGAGAUGGGCAAAGACUACAUCUACGCCGUGACGCCGCUGCUGGAGGACGCCCUGAUGGACCGAGACUUGGUCCACCGACAGACGGCCAGCGCCGUGGUCCAGCACAUGUCUCUGGGCGUCUACGGUUUCGGCUGCGAGGACUCUCUGAACCACCUGCUGAACUACGUCUGGCCCAACGUGUUCGAGACGUCGCCUCACGUCAUCCAGGCCGUGAUGGGAGCUCUGGAGGGGCUGAGGGUCGCCAUCGGACCCUGCCGCAUGCUGCAGUACUGCUUACAGGGCCUGUUCCAUCCAGCCAGGAAGGUGAGGGACGUCUACUGGAAGAUCUACAACUCCAUCUACAUCGGCUCUCAGGACGCUCUGAUCGCUCACUACCCGCAGGUCUACAACGACGACAAGAACGUCUACGUCCGCUACGAGCUCGAGUACGUCCUGUAAAUACCGGUCUGUCCAUCCAUCGAUGGAUCGUCUCCCCCCUCCAUCGUCUCUCCAUCGUCGGUUUUUAUUUAGCGGCUGAACCUUCAGCCUCUCCUGGAACCUUGUAGAGUCUGUAUGUAUUUUUUUAAUUUCUGUUGUUGUUUGCUGAGAAACAGUUGGUCGGACAAGCGUUGAUUUAAGGAACAGUCACAUCACAACGUUUUUGAAUAUCUCCAUUAUUUUGUCUGUGUGUAUUGAUUAUCGAUAGGCCACUUUCUCCAUGUUUCACAGCUCCUCUGUUCUUAUUAGAUCGAUGCUUUAUUUAACCAAAUAAAACGUUUGUGUAUAAAAAUCCA